UUUUUGGCGAUUAGGCUUUUACAUGCGUGGACGCCCUUGACGGUAAUCAUGUUAGCGAGCACUUUCGUGCUAUAAUAGACCCACACAGGCUUGCAUGGACCAUCAGUCUUUCACUCUGGGCGCAUCUGUUAUUGCGAGACCACACUCGCGGUCCAAGGGCGGGUCCUGCGGAGGUUACCACAUUGAAAUGAACCGGACUCCUGAGAAUGGAUACUCUUGUAUAACUCCAAGGCUAGUCAGUGACCUGCACACGGUGACUGUACUGGUGGAUAAGAAAAUACCGGAAGCAACCUGGAUGGGUAGUCCGGUCACAACAUGGCCGUUGUUAGCUAAACAGCGGAGAACAGAGAUACAGAUGAGUUAUCCCUCAACAGGGAACCUAUGUACAAACAGGCAUAUCGAGAAGAGAUGCAAAUGUUCCAAAGGGAGCUGCCAUUGGAGCAUGGAUCAAGGUAUACAGUCAACGCAAAAUACCCAACGCCAUGACUUGCGCUACUCGAACACGAGCCGAAAUGCCAUCAUCAAUCAUGAGCAACGACCCAUCGCAGCCAUACCCUCAACCGCGACGGGGUCCAUACCCUUUAAUCCCUUUCUUGCCUUAUAUCGCAAUCUCUCCUUCAGCCAGAAACCCCCAGCCUCGCAUAGUAGUGUACUCGCCCAACCCAGGCAAAUCACACAUAGAUGCCCAACCCACCAGGGAUCCAACCAAUCCAUUCGUAAGCCGACCGUCGACUCCGACUCAGGAAAAGCGACGCGAUCGGUAAUUAAGAAGUAUCAGUGGCAGCGAUAAAUCUACCGCUUGCGCUCGAAGUAGCUCGUGGACCCCAACACAGCCACAGACUGAUCCAUCACCCACUCGCCAACACCCAGGUAGUUAUCGAUCCACUUCUUGAAGUCCUUGUUAUCGGUGAUUUUGUCGGAGUUGAGACUGGGGCUGUGAAAGACCCCACGCGAUGCCCCCCAGGGUUUGGGGGAUGUGCGCGGGAUGAACUGAUUAGCUUACUGGUCGUCACAAAUAGGAUGCAUACGAUAGCGCAGUGACCAAAGAGGAAAAAAGAGGAAUGGGGUGUAGUAUUUACGUUAAUCCAGUCGAGCGCUUCACGCCAGCCAGGAAGGCAGAGACUAGAUUGCGAAAUAGGUCAGCUUUGAAAUCCAAACCCCAACUUAACCAACAAGAGAAGAUAGGAUAAGGGUGUACGUACUAAGAACCGCAUCGAAUGCGUAGUGGCUGAGACGUCCGAGCUGAAUGCAC